AAUAUUGUGUUUACUGUGUGAUUUGUUGUCGCCCCGCGUUCUCGGUACACAACCUCGCGUGCACGGGUUCGUUAUCUCAUAGGCUACGAGCAAAUCGGUAUCCUCCGCGUGCGCCCGUAAGCUGCCGUAGAGCUUUUCUGGGCAACAAUGGACAGGAAGUGAAGCUUGCCGCUUUCGUAACAAUCUGAAGCCGCCAGUGAAAGUCGGUUACGUCCGAACUACUGUGAGAUCAAUUCUGAUUGGAGGAAUGGAGUGCCAGGCAGCAGUGCACCAGUGAAAAGGCCAGGAGACUCCAGCGGUGACAUCCUGUGGAGCCAGAGAUCAAAGGCGAGGAGGCUGUAUUACCACCGCUGGAACUGAAGAUUGCUUUAAAUAAGCAAGUCCUUGUGGAAGGUUUUUUAAGUCAUGAUGCAAGAAUCUGGGACGGAGGCGACAAGCAACGGACCAGCCAAUCAAAAUGGAGGUGCGAGUGUGGAGGGCGGGUCCAGGGAAGGACGACCCAAGAGCGCCACACCGUCGAUGGAGGUGACCGCUGCCGACCUCCUGCAUCUCCAGCAGCACCAGGCUCUCCAAGUGGCUCGGCAGAUUCUCCUCCAGCAGCAGCAGCAGCAGCAACAGCAGCAGCAACAACAGCAGCAACAACCCCAGUCACAGCAACUGCAGUCUCAACAGAACACUGGCCGCAAAUCCCCCAAAGCCAACGACAAGCACCAAAGCCUACAGGUUCCAGUGUCAGUGGCUAUGAUGACGCCCCAAGUGAUAACUCCACAGCAGAUGCAGCAAAUCCUUCAACAGCAAGUCCUGAGCCCUCAGCAGCUCCAGGUUCUUCUCCAGCAGCAGCAGGCCCUCAUGUUGCAACAGCAGCAACUCCAAGAGUUUUACAAAAAGCAGCAGGAACAGCUCCAUAUCCAGCUCCUACAGCAGCAGCAGCAGCAGCAGCAUCAACAGCAGCAGCAGCAACAGCAACAGCAGCAGCAGCAGCAGCAUGCAGGCAGCAAGCAGAGUAAAGAGCAGCAGGUGUCGGCACAGCAGUUGGCCUUCCAGCAGCAGCUCCUGCAGGUCCAGCAGGUCCAGCAGCAGCAUCUGCUCAAUCUUCAGAGGCAAGGACUGCUCACCAUCCAGCCUGGACAGACGGGCCUGCCACUGCACUCCCUCACUCAGGGCAUGAUUCCAGCAGAGCUGCAGCAACUGUGGAAGGAAGUGACAAACGCAAGCGUGAAGGAGGAGCACAUCAACAGCAGCAGCAACAACGGCCACCGGGGCCUCGACCUGUCCUCCCCGGCGCCGCCAAAGAACACACUCCUCAACCAGCACGCCUCCACCAACGGGCAAUACAUGAGUCACAAGAGAGAAGUAUCCUCGCUAGAAGAGACUUCCCCCCACAGUCACCCUCUCUACGGUCACGGCGUGUGCAAGUGGCCCGGAUGUGAAGCUGUCUUUGAUGAUUUCCACUCAUUCCUCAAGCAUCUUAACAAUGAGCAUGCCCUGGAUGACAGGAGCACGGCCCAGUGUCGGGUGCAAAUGCAGGUCGUACAACAGCUGGAGCUGCAGCUAGCAAAAGACAAAGAGCGUCUGCAAGCCAUGAUGACGCAUCUUCAUGUCAAGUCCACGGAGCCCAAAGCCACCCCACAGCCGCUCAACCUGGUGUCCAACAUCACAUUGUCCAAGUCGGCCCCCGAGGCCUCUCCUCCUCUGAGCCUGCCCCAGACCCCCACCACGCCCACAGCACCGCUCACGCCCCUGUCCCAGACUCACUCCGUCAUCACAGCCAACAGCCUGCACAGCAUGGGCCCCAUGCGACGGCGCUACUCAGAAAAGUACAACAUGCCCAUCUCUCCAGGUAGAGUCACAUACACACACUCAUCUACCAUGCUCAGUAACUUGAACUUCAACUAUAAUGAUGUUACUGUUUGUGUGUGUUUCCUGUAUACAGAUCUCAGUCAGAACAAAGAGUUUUACAUGAAUGCAGAUGUUAGACCACCGUUCACGUACGCCUCACUAAUAAGACAGGCAAUCCUCGAAUCUCCAGAAAAGCAGCUAACACUAAACGAAAUCUACAACUGGUUCACACGAAUGUUUGCAUAUUUUAGGCGCAACGCGGCGACGUGGAAGAAUGCAGUCCGGCAUAAUCUUAGUCUUCACAAGUGUUUUGUGCGAGUAGAAAACGUUAAAGGGGCUGUGUGGACAGUCGACGAGCUAGAGUUCCAAAAGAGACGGCCUCAAAAGAUCAGUGGGUAGGUUUUGGGCUCCCGAACCCCCGGCUAGCGUCUGUCUCACCGUUGGCUGAUGGGAAGAGGCUGCUGCUGUUGCUGCUCCAUCUCAUUGUCUGUGUGCCAUAACGUCCACAGUCCCUGCUUGCUUUGGCGUGCUUCCCCUUCAUGCUUGUAGAAGCCUUUUUGGUGACGCAUCAUAACCAACAGUGGCUUACGCUUAUUUUCAUUUUGGUCUUCACCCUCUCCCCCCUACCCCUCCUCCCCAUGUCUGUCUGUGUGUCCGUCCUCUGUCCUGUCCAUCACUGCAUCUGCACCUGGCUGUCCUUGCUGGUUUGCUUUCCCAGGGUGCCAUUCGCACCAACCUUUCCCUGCAUAAGUGCUUUGUGAGAGUAGAGGAUGAGUUUGGGUCCUUUUGGACCGUUGAUGAUGAGGAGUUUAAGCGCGGCCGCCACAUACAGCGAGGCCGCCCUCGGAAAUACGCCGCUGAUGAGAACUUUGAUGAGCUGCUCGUACAGUAAGCACUUCCGCCCGCUCCUGCAAACUCCAGAGGCAAAGCCCCACCUGCAUGCGCCCCCCGCUCCCCCUCCCCUGCCUUUUCGGUGUUGCCAUCAUGCUUUCUGUGUUUAGCUCUUCACCCAUCAUGCUUUCAUCAACUUAUUCUUCCCUCCAUGAAAAGCAAAGUGUUGAAUAUAGUUGUGUGGUAUUGUCAAGUGACUGAACAUCUUAGAACUAAAGCCUUAAUAUCCACAUUACUACAGCACUAAAUGUGUUUAGUUCUUAUACAAAGUGCAUUGAUUUCUUUUUAGGAAAUAUAAUACUGUAGCUGAGGAAUGCAUGCUAGGUGAGACGUGAGUCUGUGGUUGUAAUUUAAUUUUUCUGUUUGCA